AUGGCGGCGAGCAAGGAAGGGUUUCUGGAGGCAAAGCAUGAGGGAGUGGCGCUGCUUGCGCGGGAGCGUGCGGCAGCGUCUUUCAAUGUCCGGGCCAUGACGCACCUGUUGGACGGCGGAGAGGAGGCGACAGCGGAGAAGGAGCGCGUGGCAGCGAUGGUGGAGGAGCAUGCGGUGCUGCAGGCAUCUGAUCGAUACUUUGUGGGUCGGCAGGAGUCGCUGGCGCGGGCAAUGCAAAAGUUCAAAGAAAUCGUGCGGCUGACGCUGGCGGCCGGCCUCGAUCGUGAGGAUGGGGUGCGGAUGUACUACUACGUCAACGAGCCGAUGCCAACCUCGCUCCACCAUGGCAUGUUUAUUCCGACCAUCCAGUCGCAGGGGACUGACGAGCAGCGGGCAGAGUGGCUCCCGCUCGCCGCCAUGUUCUCCAUCAUCGGUGCGUAUGCCCAGACUGAGCUCGGGCACGGGUCAAACGUGCGUGGUCUCGAGACGACUGCCACCUUUGACGUUGAGACCGACGAGUUUGUGCUCAACUCGCCGACGCUGACAUCGAUGAAGUGGUGGCCCGGUGGGCUCGGCGUGGCGGCGACCCACUGCGUCACGCACGCCCGGCUUAUGAUCGAUGGCACCGACUACGGCGUGCACACGUUCAUUGUCCAAGUCCGUGACCUCGAGGACCACACGCCGCUGCCGGGCAUUGUCAUCGGUGACAUCGGGCCCAAGUUUGGAUGGAACACCGCCGACAACGGGUACCUCGCCUUUGACUCGGUCCGCAUUCCGCGAAACCAGCUCCUCGCCCGGUACGCAACGGUGGCGCGCGAUGGGACUUACACCAAGCCGCCGCACGAGAAGAUUGGGUACGGGACCAUGAUCCGGAUCCGGUCCAUGAUUGUUGCUGGAGCGUCGGACGCGCUCGCGCGUGCCUGCACUAUCGCCAUCCGCUACUCUGCGGUGCGGCGGCAGGGAACCACCCGCGGGCGUGAUGGCGGCGAGAUGGUGGUCCUUGACUACACCAUGCAGCAGCACCGGCUGCUCAUCCUGCUCGCCACCGCGUACGCCUUUCACUUUACCGGCGAGUACAUGAUGGAGCUUUACCGCCGGCUGCAGGCUGACCUCGAGGACAACGACCUCUCGGUCCUUCCCGAGGUCCACGCCACGUCGGCUGGGCUCAAGUCGAUGACGACGACGGUCACCGCCGACGGCAUCGAGGAGGCACGGCGCGCAUGCGGCGGGCACGGCUUCUCGCAGUUCUCGGGCCUCCCGUACCUCUACACCUGGUACGUGCCGGCAGUGACGUACGAGGGCGACAACGUGGUCCUCGCUCUGCAGACCGCACGCUACCUCAUCAAGUCGUGCCGGCAGGCUGCCGACGGCAAGCCGCUCUCUGCCGGAGUGGCCUACCUCUCGGCGCGGCCCGGGGCUACGUGCGCGGCGGCAAAUCCGGCCGACAUGGGCCGGCUGGAUGUGCUCGCUGCCACGCUCGCCGCGCGGGCCGGCGAGGCCGUCCGUGCCGUCACUGGCCGGCUCGACGCGCUCCUCGCGUCGGGCGUCGACUACGACGAGGCGUGGAACCACCUUAUGGUCGAGCUCUGUGCCGCCUCGCGCGCGCACUGUGAGUACUCGGUUGUCCGCAACUUUGCCGCCGCCAUCGCCACCGUCGAAUGCCCCGAUCUGGCCGGCAUCCUCACUGCACUCUGCCGCCUCUACGCUGCAUCGCGCAUCGAGGCUGACCUCGGCUCAUUCCUCGCCCAGGGGUACCUCUCCAAGGGCCAGAGCCAGUGGGUCAAGGACAUUGUCCACGCUACCCUUGCAGUCAUCCGCCCCGAUGCCGUCGCCCUUGUCGACGCCUUUAACUUUCCCGACUUUCUCCUCAACUCGGCGCUUGGCCGCAAGGACGGCGAUGUUUACGUCGGCCUCGUCGAGGCCGCUCGCUCCGCCCCGGUCAACGAACAUCUGCGGCCGAUUAUUGACAAGUCGCUUUUCUCCAACCUCCACAUCCCGUCGCGACUGUAG